GCACCAUUUCAUUUCCCACACCGUGGCCGUUGACUCCUGUACUGCGCUACCGACCACCAAUAGGGGGACAAUCAUGUCGGGCCGCCCUGUGCCUAUUGUUGUUCAGAAGAAUGAUAGUCGAGAGUUCGAGCUGGACGAAGACGCCCUCAGAAGCGUUCUGCUGAGUCCUGAAGUGGGCGACAAACCCGUCUGUGUGGUGGCUGUGGCGGGGGCGUUCAGGCAGGGCAAGAGCUUCCUUAUGAAUUUACUAGUGAAGUACUGCGUGAAUGAAGGCUCACCAGACUGGUUAGGCGAUCCAUCGCUGCCACUCGAAGGCUUCACCUGGCGAGAUGGCAUUGACGGAGAGACCAUCGGAAUCAACAUCUGGAACAAGCCUUUCGUCUUCACCAAACCGACCGGAGAAAAAGUGGCAGUGAUUCUCAUGGACACUCAAGGAACGUUUGACUGCCAAACAUCGAUGCAGGAGUCAACCUUCAUCUUUGCCCUGACGCUGCUGACCUCCUCCGUAACUGUGUACAAUCUGAUGCACAACAUCCGCGAGGACGACCUCAUGAACCUGCAGACGUUCUGCACCUUCGGGACCAUGGCGCAGAACUCCACCAACCAAAACUCCUGCGCAUUUCAGAAGCUACUCUUCCUGGUGCGUGACUGGAACUCUCCAAAGCAGUAUCCAUGCGGCCACCAGGGCGGCAAAACUGUACUCGAUAAAGUUUUGAAGGUAAACGCAGAUCAGGAGCCGGCGCACCAGCAGCUUAGAGAAGGCCUCCGCCAAAGUUUCGAGGAACUGGAGUGCUACCUCAUGCCGCACAUUGGCUUGCGUGCCAUCGAGGAUGAAGACUUUGAUGGUCGACUAAAUCAAUUGGCCGAGCAAUUCGUGGAGCACCUGAAGCAGCUGGUGCCUCGCCUGCUGGCGCCUGAGCGCCUCGUGGAGAAGCGCUCAGCCGCGAUCGUCCUCAAUCUCUAUCAGGUAAAGUGA